UGGAUAUCUGACGCCUAUAAUUCAACGGCACAUUUGUUUUUGUUUUUUUCACCUUGUGAGUAUAACAUAGUCGACAGUAGCCAGCUGUGCGCUUGCACGUCGCAUGACGGAUCGGACUAGCUGUCCGCGCGGGCUGCUUUGAUAUCCGGAGAUUGUACAAGCGUGCCAACAGAAUCGGCGGGCCGCUCUAGCGCGGCCUCGGCAUGUCUCUCGUCAGCGAAGAAUUCCGUGCCAAAUUGAAGACUCUCAAGUCCAGCGGUAAAAUCGAGCUCUUCGAGGAUGUUGCCACCGGCAUCGCGCGUCUCAACAUCAACGAUCCGGCAAAACGGAAUUGCCUCUCCGGAGAGAUGAUGUUGGAGCUGGAAAACGCCGUCGAAACAUUGGAGCACUGGCCCCACAUCAAGGCAGUGCUGCUUUGCGGAGAAGGCUCGUUUUUUUGUUCGGGUGCAAACCUGACAUCUAUGAAGGCCAUUUCUUCCCCGGACGAGGGACGCCAGAUGUCGGCUCUCAUGCAAAGCACCUUGACUAGGUUCAGCAACCUGCCGAUGAUCACCGCCGUCCUAGUAGAAGGCCGCGCAAUUGGCGGUGGAGCUGAGCUGACCACGGCAGCGGACUUCCGCAUCAUGGCCCCCAACUCCGAGGUCCAGUUUGUUCACGUGCGCAUGGGCAUCACUUCUGCAUGGGGCGGCAUGACUCGGCUAACGCAGAUUGUUGGUCCCACAUUGGCAUUGGACCUGUUUGCCUCCGGACGACCACUACGCCCCGACGAAGCGACACGGACGGGCUUCGCCAGUUACGUCCUGAGGGACGAGCAGGAUACCAAGGAACAGGCGCUGCAGUGGAUCAGCGAGCGGAUCAAAGGACCGGCCGAGAUUAUGCGAGCCAUCAAGCUUGGCAUGGUGGCUGCCCGAAACCUGCCCCUCCAAGAAGCGUUGCAGCGCGAAAACGAACUCUUUUCCUUCGUGUGGGGCCAGGAAGCUCACAAUGACGCUCUGAGGCAAAACAUGAAGCACUGAUGUUCGUCAUUAUUAUUGUUACUUAAUAGUUUACGUGUCCGUAGCUUCGCUGUAGGGCUUACUAAGUUUAGUGUGUUUGGAAAUGUGUGAUGCAUGUGUUGGAGCUGCAUUUGCGUUGGUGAUCGACAAAGGUCACGCGACUCACCACACCUGGCCUUCGAGGGAUGGGGGAAAGAAAACUAAAAGACUUUAACCACAUGAACACGGCGUUUGCGUUUGUGUGGCUGUAGUCUUUUUGUCUUUUCCUGUCACAAUAUUUUCUUAAUAAUGAAUCCGUACCAACUCGCCCAAUUAUUAGUUUUCCUACAUCUGUUGUCAGCGUUAUUGCCACAUAAAAUAACCGUUAGCACAUUGUUGUCUGCACACGAAGAAAUGAAACUAGGAGAGCUGGUUACAUCACGCAGCCAGCCUCGGCGAGAUAACUUUUUGGGAGGCCAUUCCCUUAACUUGUGUCUGAUGCAUUAUCGGCCCAACACGUGACCUUUGAGGGACUGAGAAUGUAUGUUUGGCUGCAGUGUCGUUGCAUUGUCUACGCUGCAAACGCAAUCUGGUGUAAGCCAUUUGUAUGUUGAGCCGACGCUUUUUCUUUUACUUCAGUCAUGUCACAGUAUGCUCUCUCUCAACUGUAACGUGAUAGCACGAAGAAGCUCAUGUCACAGCAAAUGCGGUAUCGUCGUCGGUGACAUUGAAUGUGAAUGAAAAAUCACGGUGGAUGCAGAGAAUAGAAACAGUUCAAGGCUCGCUCGGAUUGACGCAAAGUAUCUCGCGGGGGCUCUUGCAAACAAAGUGAUCUUUGUCCUCCGUAUUCCUCCAUGUUUACUCCUACGUCAUCCAUUGGUUAAGCAGCUUGGAGACUCCAGUCACGGAGCUGAAAAUCCAGGCGGCCAGCAACUGACCUGAAGCAGUUGUUUCUUUAUCAGAGUGACCAUUUACAACCAACUUGGUUAUGCAGGCUCUGCAAUUCACUGUUUAGGGUGCCAGCUUGUUCGAGUAUAGGGCCUAGAAUAUGUAUAUGAUCUGGACUGCUUUAAGGGCAGUGUCAUUUAAAGUUUUUUUUUUUAAAGGGUCGCAGAAUUGCAACUCGAAACAUUCUCUUUACAAGGAAAAGUGUCUUAGGGAUGACGGCAAUGGUAACUUGUCCAGUAUUUUGUUGUUUGUUCUGGUUUAGUUGUUCCUGGACGUCAUAUUAUCUUGAUUACUUUCUUGAAUUUGCCGCAUUAACCCUUUGAGUGUCACCAGCGUACAUGUAUGCUGAUAGAAACAGAUCCCAAGUGGUCAUGCCAUACUCUUAGGGUGGCAACCGUCGAUGAUCUCCUGCAAAUUUUUUUAAUGCACCGCCGUUUCUUGUCUUCCCGUAGAAGCACUUUUUCGCUGGCACACUUGACUACAGUGUGCCCAUAGCCACGCUAAUGCUCCUUAUAUUUGUCACUCGUGCGCAUUCCAUUCCGAGUGAUGGUUCUAAAGAAAGGCGAUUUCGAAUUUAUCAUCUGAAGCGUCGCCACGAGAUGCUUGCCUCCAUGGCUCUUCCAGGCAAGCACAGAAUUACUUCACUUACAAGUAAGCGUUCCUAAAUCGGGGACACUGCCAUGCGAGCAUCUCUUUUUGCGAGACCUGAAAGGACUGACACAAUCUCGCAUUGUGAUUUAACAAUUGGUUGCUGUAAGUUUCCCGCUGUUUUUCUUAUGGAUGUGCCUUACUGAGAUUCCUCGCAGGUGUUCAUGCGAUGUACCUUGUUAUGAAAGCAUGGGCGUGCAUUCUGUUUCUAUAUUCUUUGACGAGCCACUUCACCUUCUCAUUCUUCUGGUCCUUCAACAUUGGUUUCAAUCCUGCUCACAUUUUUCAAACUCGUGUUUCUAACACUGUGGUGUACAUACUACACGCAGAAAAACAGCCAUACGAAAUUACUUUCCGAGCUUGCCGCAUGGAACAUUUGGAGAUGUUCGCAAUUGUUGACGUGCGAAUAAACAGAAAGCCUGCGCUAGUGUGCCUCAGCUGGGACUGACAAUUUCUUCACAUUGGGGAAAUGUCAAGCUCCUAUAUACUUUAAGCGUAUGGUGCUAUAUUUUUUAGACUGCUGUGAUCAGCACAUGCUGCUUUCUAUGGGCUCUACUUCAUUGUAGUUUGUUGCUGUUAAGCUGUUCAUUUAUAUUUCUCCUCAAGGUGGCUCAAC